AUGGAUCCACUAGUUUUGGAUUUAGAGGAAACUCUCAAGUUAUCAUCCCUCAAAAAAGAAUCAUAUUUAGAAGCAUAUAAAAGUUUUUUAGUUAUCAAGGAAUCAAUCACUUCCAGAAAUGGAUUUUGUACAGUUCCUAUGCUCAUUCAUCUAACUUUUGAAGCGAUUGAAAAACUUCUUACAGAAAACAAAUUUGGUGAUAAUAUCUAUACAAGUAAAGAUCAGAAAACUCUUGCUGGCCUGUUAAUCCUACAAAAAAAAAUCUUGGGAGUUUUGGAUAUGAAUGUUUUAGGAAUAAACUAUCUAGCUAUUUCACAGGUAAUUAUUAACCGAUUGGUUGGCACUUUAGUUAUUAUUUCUAAAAACGAACACACAAAAAUUGAAAUAUUUCAGGUAGUUUCUGCAUUGAAGCAAUUUUGUUUAAUUUUUGAUAGUAUUCAACUGAGCCCCAAAGUAUUUACUACUUUAAUGGAAAUUCUUUUAGAAAUUCGUAUUCCCAAAAAACAAAAAUUCGAGAUCCAGGUUUGCAUUAUUGAUUUAAUAAAAAUGGUUCCAGACAACUCACUUAUUCUACUUUCCAUUCACAAACUAGCAUUAUACUAUCUCUCAAUAUACGCGCAGAGACAGUUAGAUGCAUCUAAAGGGUUUGCUUCAGAAUAUAAUGAACAAAUUUUACUUCCAAUUAACCAACUUUACUUUUCGCUGGUUAACUUCUUUGAUCAAAGUCAAAUAAAGGAAUAUCUAAAUACUUUGUUACAGCUCUGUACUUUGAAGCAACACAGAUUUUUUUCAAAAUAUGCCUUCGAAUGUUUGAAAAGUCAAGCAUUUUUAUUAGAAAAAGUUAAUUUUGAAUCUAAACAUAUUUGGAUUCCUUCAUAUACACUAGAAAAUCUUACAAACGAUUUUAAAGAAAUAAAGGAUGAUGUUUUGAUAAGGGCAUAUUUAGAAACUUGUAUUAACUGCUUAAAUUAUGUCUUAUUAAAUUCCGUCGAAAAAGAUAAUCAACCAUUAAAUAUGGGCACUUCAAUAGAUAUAUUUAUUCACUCUUUAAAGCAGUUCAUGUUUACAACCGAUUUUGUUAUUCACUCUACAGUUCUUAAUUCUUUAAUAGAGCUUGUUUUUAAAUUCAAAGAGAGCAUAUUAGACUAUCCAAUAUUAGAAAAUAGUUUUGGAAAGCAUGAUUUAUUUGAAUUACUAAUAUCAAAAUUAUUACCAUUAUGUUCUUCAAUGUUGGAUGAUUACAGACAUAAACCUUCAUGGUCAGAAUUGUUGAGACUGCUGGUGAUUAUGAUUGAAUCAUGGGAUGAAUUAGUAAUAAUUAAUUAUUAUCACAGUAAUGUGGAAUUAUUAAGAAUUAAAAGGAAUAUUGGGAUCGAGUUGUUUGAUGAAGUUAUUACUAAAACUUUAAAUAUGGCGUCGGUUGCACUUUGUGGUGUAUCAGAUCAUCCAUCUUUUGAAUACAAAGAUCUUUUAAACUUAAAGGAAGAACUUAGAAGAAUUGUAGGAUCGAUUACAAGAGCGUUUGGGCCGAAGUUGGUAUUGAAGAAAAGACCUUUAUCAUUUGAUACCGUUGAAUUAUCCGAUCGUAAUUUUGCAAUAAAGAGUAAUUCUUGGUUACUUCCAUUACUAAGAGUUCAUAUUACUAGAACAGAACUCUCUUUCUUUAUUAAAGAUCUCCUCCCAAUAGCACUUAAACUAAACACAUAUUGCUCUAAUUAUCAGGUUACUGAACCCAACUAUGCUAGAUUAUAUAAUAUUCUUGAAGAGCAAGUUUGGGCUUUACUUCCGGGCUUUUUUGAUGAACCACUUGAUUUCAUUGAAACUUUUGGAAGUAACGACGGAAACCUAAGGUCAUAUAUGAUACAGUUACUGGAAAGAGCUGGUAUGAGGGACCAUAUAUGCAAUGCUCUUUUGAGAAUUUCUAGACAAACUUUUAUAGGUCGUGGUCUUUCAAAUGACAAUGAAGAUGACUUUUAUGAUGCAAGAAAAAUGAGUAAUAUUGAUAAUAGAAAAUAUCACGUUGCAAUAAAAACUUGGAUGAAAAACACAGAAGCCUUAACUCUACAUUCAAAUACAUUUCUUUCACUCCUGAUAGUCAAAUUCUUAAACUGCAAUUCAGAAAAUAAUAAAGAAAACCAAGCGAAUAUAACAAAGGAACAAGAAUCUCAACAUUAUCUAACUUGUAUCCAGAAUCUCGUUCCUUUCUGUGACGAAUCUGUUUUGCAAAAAAACCUAAAGAACUUCUACACUGUCUGGGAAAAUUUGGCUCAAGGAGUAGAAUCUUCAAAAUUACCUUUCUCAUGUGGUAAAAUUAUUGCGCUUUUAGAUGUGGCAAUAAUGAUGUUUAAACGUAUCAGUGUUGAUAAUAUCAAUUCAAUCAUUUUUUACUUCCUUCGACUAUUGAAAGUUUUAAUGAUGCGAGACUCUAAAGAGCACCUUAAUGUAAGAACGCAAUUACUAAGAAGACUCUAUAAAGGCUUAAAAGUAGGUCUUGAAACACUUAGAGACCGUACCAAAACAUGUUUAGGAUUUAAGAAUCAGCUGUCUGAAUUAUGGCAAAUCAUUGUUUUGGAUAGUGGUAAAUGUCCUGUUAACUCUCUAAAGCAUAGAUUAAGUUGCCUCAGAGUGUUUAUCCAGUUAUUAAAGAAAAUAGAAGAUAAAGAAUUUGUUCUCCAUUUUGGUAAAAGUCAAAUCAUUAACAAUUUAAUUCCGGAGAUUCUAUUUAGCAUUAGAGAACCGAAUGCAACUGUAAGAAUAAAUGCGAUGGCACUUCUAAAAUCCUUAAUUGAAUGUUAUAUAGAAUAUGAUCAAUUUCUGGAGACAAUAAUCAUAAAAAUAAUCACACUUUCUCAAAUCAACACUGGACAAAUUAAAAAUGGCUACAUAGAAGUUUCAUGUAUAAUUUCCUUAUCUAAGAUAGUUUUUGAUUACGGCGAUCUAAUGCAGAAUGGUUCUACAAUUCAGAAUAAUUCUAUUUUACAAUUGAUUGUAAACUUUAUUGUUCAUUCUUUAAAUAACGUAAAUCCAUUAAUUUAUGUGAAUAGCCUUAAAUGCAUUAAAAUAUGCCUUUUCCGUCUAGACAACGACUUUAUGUGGAAUUAUACUCCGAAUAUUAUUUCAAAUAUAUUGGAUAACCAACAUUGUGCUUUAAAAUUCCGUAUGCAUGUUAGAAAGAUCUUAAUUUCGAUCAUUAAAAAAUUUGGUGCUGAAAAGACUCUUCAAGUGUUUCCUACACAACAUUAUCAAUUAUAUAGAUAUUUAAUCAGGAAAAUGAGUAAAUUGUCUAGGAAAAAAACAUUUAAAAAUAGCCAAGAUACAUUCGAUAACAUAUUUGAUGAAGUUGAGGAGUUUGACUCUAAAGAAUUGAUUUUAAAUAAUGAAGAAAUCACCCAUUCUUUACCAUACGAUGAUGAAUUUUCAAGUGAUGAGGAACUUGAUAGUAAGAGAAAACGAUCAUUUGGAGUUAAAGUGAGUAAAAGCUCACAAAUGAAACAAAUCAUCUCAAAUAAUUAUAAAGAUACAGGUAAAUCUCUUACAAUUGUUGAUGAUGGCUAUGGAAAUGUGAUUAACCCAAUUGAUUUAUUGAGUUCAGAAGCAUCCUCUAGAAUUCUUUGUUCAGUUCCAAACAAAAUAAUUAAUAGGUCUAAUAUUAUUAGCGAUCGAACCGUGGAAUUUGAUAAAGUUUUGAAUAAAGUUAUUAUUAAUGAAGAAUCUAAGCUUGGUAAUAUUGAAGCCGCUGAUCAAGAUCUUGAAACUGAUUACAAACCAUCAUCAACACACGAAACCGUUAAACCUUACAAAAGAACUUUGUAUUCUACCACUCGGAAUAAUCAAAAUCAAAAAAAGAGGCCAAGAAAACAACAUGUAACUGUUAAAAGUGCGAAGGAAUUCAAGAGUAAAAAUGCAAAAGGCGAUAUUUCGAGAAAUGGAGUACAACCAUUUGCAUAUAUGAGGCUUAACCCAGCAUUAUCAAAGGAAAAACAUAAGUUAAGUGCAACUAAGUCCCUUUCUACCAUUUUUAACAAAAAAAGUAGAAAUUAG